UUCUGGGGGGCGCGACAUCCCGGUUCGGAGCGCGACAUCCCGGGACGGGAACAGCCCGGUGCGGCGGGGCCGGGCCCUGCAGCCGGCGGAGGAGCGGGGGCGGUGCUCCCGGCGGCAGCCGGGACUUCCUGUGACGGCCCAUUUCCUGGUCGGAUGGGGCCGGCGGGGGGCGGCGGUGGCGGGGUCGGUCCCUGUCCCUGACGGGCUCGGUGGUCGCCGGUGACGCCGCCAGGCAGCGAUGCGGGCCCCGGGCCCUGCCGGCAGCCGGCCGCCGCCGUGACCCGGUGGGGCUGCGCACGCCGGCGCCGCGGGGCGCAUGGAGGCUCCCGCCGCCCUCUGCGAGGUGUGACUCCCCGCGGGACAGCGCGGCUCGGCCCCCGCCAGGCCAGCGGCCCCGGGCCCCCCUCAGCAGGAGCCAGGAGGGCUCGGGAGUGACACCGGCAUCGCCCCCGCCGCCGGCGGCUGCCGCCUCCUGAGCCAUGAAGAAGUUCUUCGACUCGCGCCGGGAGCAGGGCGGCUCCGGGCCCGGCUCGGGCACCAGCGGCGGCGGCGGCGGCAGCAGCGGCCCGGGCAGCGGCUACAUCGGCCGGGUCUUCAGCAUCGGCCGGCACCAGGUCACCGUGGAUGAGGUGCUGGCGGAAGGUGGCUUUGCAAUCGUGUUCCUGGUGAGGACGAGCAAUGGGGUGAAGUGUGCCCUGAAGAGGAUGUAUGUCAACAACGAGUACGACCUGCAGGUCUGCAAGAGGGAGAUCCAGAUCAUGCGGGAUCUGUCUGGCCACAAGAACAUUGUGGGCUACAUCGACUCCAGCAUCAACUCCGUCAGCAGCGGGGACGUGUGGGAGGUGCUGAUCCUCAUGGACUUCUGCCGUGGGGGGCAGGUGGUGAACCUGAUGAACCAGCGCCUGCAGACCGGCUUCACCGAGAGCGAGGUCCUGCAGAUCUUCUGUGACACCUGCGAGGCCGUGGCCAGGCUGCACCAGUGCAAGACCCCCAUCAUCCACAGGGACCUCAAGGUUGAGAACAUCCUGCUGCAUGACCGUGGCCACUACGUCCUGUGUGACUUUGGGAGUGCUACCAACAAAUUCCAGAACCCUCAAACCGAGGGGGUGAAUGCAGUCGAGGAGGAGAUCAAGAAGUACACGACGUUGUCCUACAGAGCACCAGAGAUGGUGAACCUGUACAGUGGCAAACUCAUCACCACAAAAGCAGACAUUUGGGCCCUGGGCUGUUUGCUGUACAAGCUGUGCUACUUCACCUUGCCCUUUGGGGAGAGCCAGGUGGCCAUUUGUGAUGGCAACUUCACCAUCCCAGACAACUCGAGGCACUCCCAGGACAUGCACUGCCUCAUCCGGUACAUGCUGGAGCCAGACCCUGAUAAGAGACCUGACAUUUAUCAGGUUUCCUACUUUGCUUUCAAACUGGCCAAGAAGGACUGCCCAGUGCAGAAUGUGCAGAACUCUCCAAUCCCUGCUAAACUCCCAGACCCAGUUAAAGCAAGUGAAGCUGCUGCAAAGAAGAGUCAACCAAAGGCCAGGCUCACAGACCCCAUCCCCACGACAGAAACCUCCAUAGCACCCCGGCAGAGACCUAAAGCAGGACAGACCCAGCCCAACCCUGGGAUUCUGCCCAUCCAGCCAGCCCUGACACCCAGGAAGAGAGCCACAGCCCAGGCAGCCAUUCAGCCACAGGUUGCAGGUCCAGCUGGCAGUGCCCAGCCCUCUCUCCCUGCCAGCACCCCCCAGCCAAAAGCAGCCCCCCAGCAGCCUCCAGCCCAGCCCCAGGCCAAGGCGGCAGCAGCGCCCCAGGCACAGCCCCAGGUCCCCUCGACACAGCCCCAGGCCACCCCUCAGCAUCAGCAGCAGCAGCUUUUCCUCAAGCAGCAGCUCCUGCAGCAGCAGCAGCAGCAGCAGCAGGCUGCCUACUUCCAGCAGCAGCAGCAGCAGAUGAUGCAGGCACAGCAGUUCCCAGUGAUGCAGCAAGGAGCGCCUGCACAGCAGCAGCAGCUGAUGCAGAACUACUACCAGCAGCAGCAGCAGCAGCAGCAGCAGCUGCUGGCCCAGCAGGCAGCUAUGCAGCAGAAGACCACAGCAGCAGCAGCAGCAGCUCAGCAGAAGCAGCAGCAGCCCCAGGCCCAGCCCAGUGCAGCACCGCCAGCACAGCCACAGGAGCAGGGGGCACAGGUGCAGGCUCAGAGGGAGCAGCAGCAGGCUCAGGGGCAGAAGCUGGGCUCCCUGACGCCGCCGUCCUCGCCCAAGGCGCAGCGCGCCGGGCACCGCCGCAUCCUCAGCGACGUCACCCACAGCGCCGUGUUCGGCGUGCCCGCCAGCAAAUCCACCCAGCUGCUGCAGGCUGCGGCUGCUGAGGCCAGCCUCAACAAGUCCAAAUCUGCUUCCACCACGCCCUCGGGCUCGCCAAGGACCUCACAGCAGAAUGUCUACAACCCCCCUGACGUGUCCACGUGGAACCCCUUUGACGAUGACAACUUCUCCAAGCUGACAGCUGAGGAGCUGCUGAACAAGGACUUUGCAAAGCUGGGGGAUGGGAAAGCUCCAGAAAAGGCAGGCAGCUCCACAGAGAACCUGAUGCCAGGUUUCCAGCCCGCAGCCCCCACAGCCCCAGCAGAUGCCUUUGGUGGCUCCUCCUUCCCUGCUGGGCCAGCUGAAAAAACGAAAGACAUUCUGAGUUUGGACUCUAGCCCUCCUCUUCUGACUGUGCCUGAUCCUUUCAUUCCUCUCCCGUUAUCUGACACCCCAGAAAAACUGAUUGAGGGCCUCAAAUCUCCCGAGCCUGCACUGCUGCUCCCCGAGCUGCUGCCUCUGGCUGACCCCUUCGGCAGCACGGCAGACUCUGCCAAUGGCAAAGCUGCUGUGGCUGUGGAGAGCCUGAUCCCAGGGCUGGAGGCCCCUCUGGCCCAGCGCCUCGUGUCCCACAGCGACUCCGUGGCCUCCAACAGAACAGACUCUCUCACUGGGGAAGACUCUCUGCUUGACUGUUCUCUGCUCUCUAACCCUGCUGCUGACCUCGUGGAUGAGUUUGCUCCUGUAGCUUUCACAGCUCAGCCUCACAAAGAAGAUACUAACCUGAUAUCAGGCUUUGAUGCUCCUGAGGGCUCUGAAAAAGUGACAGAAGAUGAGUUUGACCCAAUUCCAGUGUUGAUAUCCAAAAAUUCACAAGGUGGGCAUUCUAGAAACAACAGUGGAAGCUCUGAGUCCAGUCUUCCCAACAUAGCCAGGUCUCUGCUGCUGGUGGAUCAGCUCAUAGACCUGUAGCAGUGACACAGUAGCAGAUGCAGUUUCUGUACCCACACCUCCGGUUUCCUUGCCAGAAGAGUUUCCUUCCUUGUGCUUCUUUGGGGCUUUUUCGUUUCUUUUUUUUUUUUUUUUCCUUUAAUUAAGAGGAAAAUCUGCCAACAGGAGACAGUCAGCCACCUCUCUCCCUGUCUUGCCGUGCCCUGGGGAAGGUUCUGGCUCAGUUCUGGUCUCUCUCAGGCUGGUAGAGCCCUGAGGGUUCCCUCUGCCCUGACCCAUGGCUGUGUGCAGGGGAGCCCCCUGACCCAUGGCUGUGUGCAGGGGAGCCCCCUGACCCAUGGCCGUGUGCAGGGGAGCCCCCUGACCCAUGGCUGUGUCCAGGGGAGCCCCCUGACCCAUGGCUGUGUCCAGGGGAGCCCCCUGACCCAUGGCCGUGUCCAGGGGAGCCCCCUGAGAGCCCCCUGGCCCUGCUCAGGGAGCUGGGGCUGCUCUGGGACCCUGCCCCACCUCCUGUCCCCGGGCAGGGCGUGAGCAGCGCGGCCCCACCUGGCUUUGGGCUCUGCUUCUGCUUCUGUUCCCCCAGGGCUGGGCAGGAGCAGGGGCCAGGGGACAGUGGCAGGGACAUCCCUCAGCUGCAGGACACGGGGUGGGAGAGCUGGUGCCUCUGAGUUGCUUCAGAGGAGGAGGAAGCCCCGAGUUCCUCCCGGCCAUACUCUGGUGAUGGUGCACGUGAAGAGUUUUCCAGCUGCCCCCAGGUGAUGAUUUGCUGUUUGACAAUCCUGCUGGGAACAAACUGCACUUCCUGGGGGAGGGAAAACAGAGCAAAGGGGAAAAAAAGAGAAAAGGAAAAAGAAAAAAAAACCAAAACAGAUUGUUAAAGCUGCAGAAAUGACCCUAAGUGAAGCGUGACAAGGUUUUGAACCAAAUCCAUGUGAGUAUGGCUGUGACUAGUGUUUCACUGACCUUUUUUGGGGUGAAAAGGGCAGCAGCAGAUGUAUUUUCUGUGACUUCUUUUCUGUGUUUGACUGGAAAAAAAAGAAAAUCCCCUCAACCUACUGUAAAUGGUGUAUGAAACAAAUUGUCCUACGGCUGUUUGUCUAUUUUUAAUCCUGGUUUUAGUCAAGCAUCUGGUAUCUGUUCUGGGUUCUCCAUUUUCUCUUGUAACUGCUAUAGUGCACCCCAGUUCAGUAUGGAGCCAUUGUUUCAGUAGACAAAGAUUCCUGUGGGCCUUUCUCCACCCCAGUCUCUGUGACCACGCAUGCCCUGGGUUCAGGUGGUUUGAAAUCAGUGCUGCUACAACUCGAUGGGUUCUCCCUUUUCCUUCCCCCUCUCGCUUGGUUUGUCCGUAGCUGGAUCCGCUCAGCUCGUUCUCCUUGGCUUACCACGAAGCCUGGAAUUUCUAUCUCGUGUUUGAAAGCCCUCUGUGAGCAGAAGGACUCUUCCUCUUAGUGGAACUCUCCCCAGCUUCCUGCUCCCCGUGUUUGUGUUUGUAGCUGUAUUAGUACCAGUGCAGUUCCCACGUGCGAAAGUGCGAGCGACUGAAUGUCUGUGCCGACCUCGCUGGGAAGGGAAGAACCCCACGUUUGUGACUCCUCCUCUCCUCUCUCCAUCUCCCCCCCAGCCCAAGACUUAGUUGAACAAAUUCUGUACAUAGAGCUCCCAUCGGUUGUGUCUCUACAUUAAUUACUCUUCUUUUAAACCCUACACUUACUAAUAAAAGUAUUGCUUACGUGUGUUGUAUCAUUACAUGUGUAUACUGCACUUUCCAGGAGAAGCUUUACAUGAGAACUAUGGAAAUGACCUUAGGAAAAUUGUGGAUAGAAACUUUAUUAUUUUUUUGUUUUAUAUUCCUAAAGCACAGGCGAGCUGGACUGGAAAACAUGAAGAUGCUAUAGAUAGAAAGUUAUUGUAUAGUCAGAUACUGAGAUUAUAUGAAAAGAGAAUGGAUUUUAAAAAGUAACCAUCUACUGUAUAUUAGAAACAAAGAUUUCUGUGAAUUAAAGUACUUUUAAAGAAUGUUUAAGAUUUUAAAUCUAAUGGCGCUUGUUCAAGGGUUCUGGAAAAAAUGACAAAUGCACUGGGUUGUUAAUAAUGCUAUUAAAUAAGCAGAUGUGAAUGUUUA